AUGAGGUCAUUCAGAGCCGAAAUUGAGAGUAUAAGGAGGUUUGCAUCUCGAGCAAAAUCCAUCAAAAACAAGCCAGUCAUUAACGAGGUCUUAUCAGAAGCGGCGCUGCUCAAACGUUACGCCAAAGAGAUCAAGAAUUUGCAGAUGUCUCUUGACAGGGAGCGCAAUACCGACAGAGCUCAAGAAGUUGAACAGGUUCGGGAGAUGCUUGAUGAGAAGGAUCGUAUAAACAAGGAACUAGUUAAAAAGAUCAACGACCUGAAAACAAAGUUAAUAGUGUCAAGCCAUCCCAGAGAAGCAAAAGAUGACAAGAAGAAGAAGUUGAGACGAGAAACAUGGGCGGCACCUCGAGCUUUGCGAGCGAUGAGGCAAAGCAUGGCUCCCGUCAGCAUUGAACCAGUCAGAUUCGACAGCAAUUUCCUGGAACCUAGACUUCCUUCGUUGGGACUACGGAAGAUCUCAGAAGAAUCCUCGGGGCGUUCGGAUGGCAACGAUUCAGAUCUGUCAACCAUUUCAGAUGGUAAUUAUCUGAAUUAGUUUCAGCAUAGCUAA